AUGGCUACUGAAGCCGCUCUCGGGCAAAGUCCCUCUACAACUCCAGAGACGGCCCAGAUCGUCAACGACCAUUCGCAUGCAUUCCAAAACACGUUGAACACAACACAGACAGACAGUGCACCUGAAAUCUUAGAUGCAGGAAAAGCUGUAAACGACGAACCGCCAGAGGCACACAACGCAUCCAAGCCUGUUGCUAAAGAGACAGAGCCACUUGAGCCUGAAACCUCUGGUGUCGAUAAUGCCACCGCUAUUGCCAAUGAUCCCGGAGAUACAGUAGGACCAAAGGAUGAGGUACCAGUCGUCGAACCAAUUACUGGCGUCAAGCGUGAUCUUCAUACAUCUGAGGCUCCUGCUUCGACUUUGCCUGCUGAGACUGAACAGCGUGACCCUAAGAAGCAGAAGACAGAUGAAAAGCCCAAAACAACUUCCAAUGGCAGUGCUGCCUCUGCUGAUUUGAAGAAUCCAAGCAAUGGGCAAAAGAAGGAUGGUCGACACACAAAGGACAAGAUCAAGGAUGCUGUGAAGAAGAUUAUUCCGGGAGAUACUAUUGGAAGCCGCACUCGCAGCCGUACAAAGGGUGCUUAG